AUCCUGUGGGAUUUGAUAGCUCUUGUUUGUUUGGACGGUACACUCACGUGUGACAUUAUUGGAAUUAUUCUACACAGUACAGUGAAGGGCUCGACGGGAUACUCUGAUUAUGACAACCCAGUAGAACUUACACCUUGUGCCUUCACCAAUGGUAAACAGAAACCCCACAACGACAUAUUCUUCCCCGCUGAUGCUCCCAGAAUCCAAACACAAGCGUCAUCUGUGGUUCAAGAAUCAAGUGAUACAUCCAACAGCGCAAAGCCCUUAUCUGGAGGGCAGCUCCGCAAGCUGGAACUUGAUUUGGCCAAUCGCUCACGGAAGUUUCAUGAGUUCGAGGCUGCUGCGGAUCAACUGCAGACGCGGUUGGAGAAGUGGCAGGCUCAUGUUGAAGAGUCGCACCUGAACAGGGUGAACGAGCAAGGAAACCAGAGCUUGGAGCAUGGGGAUAUCUACGAGAAUGUGUAUCAUCGUAGCGACAAUACCCGCUUCAGCUAUGAUGAGCCAAAGAGACUCUAUGACAACCCGACGGUACUGAAUGGAAAUCAUCAGCGAGUGACUCGACAAAACAGUAGUCCAGGCAGCCCAUCUCAGACGAGGCGAUCGACCUCGCCGAGGAAACCUAAGCGAGCCGUCACAUCGCAAUUUAGCUUGGAUGUAUCCCCAGCAGGGUACGACAAUCCAUCAACAUUCUUCCAAAGUUCUGAAACCUCACAAGAAACACAUCAGGAAGCAAACAAUGAGGACGAUUGCGCUUCACCAACUGGCUACGAUAAUCCCCCCGAUUUGACCAGGGAACUAUCGAUUUAUGAGAAUGCUCCACUGAGGAAUAGCGAAAGCAAUGUAAGAGAGGAAGAUUGUGAACCGCCUAUUGUACCAGAAGUGAUACGUCCGGACGAGCACUUUACUUUGGAUAAUAAGUUCUUGGAAGCCAACAGUGAGUCGGAUAUUCUUCAACCAGAUGCUACACACCCGUUUGCAGGAUCUAUAAGAAGUCCAUUCUCAGGUUUAAUAUAUGGUUCGAACCGUGGUAGCCGUACCUUCUCCUUGUCACAACAAGAUCGAUUCUCACGCCUCUACCCGGGCAUUGAGCGCUCUGGCGCCCUCGCUGGCAGGAUGUCGGUGAUGAACGGGACGUUGAGCGAUGGGCUCGGGAAGGCAAAGGGGGACGAGUCCGUCGUAGGAAGUCUAGAUGACUCAUCAGAAUGGGAUCAGAUCGAGAGUAUAAUGAACUCCUUUGGGGCAGGCUUAGUACGGGAGUCUGUCUAUGUGCGAGAAUACCAACAGGACUUUGAAAAGAUGUUUGAAGGUCCAGGAAGGCCUCAGAGUAUUGGUGCAUGGUUGGACAGUCUGAAUCUCGGCCAGUAUGAAAACAUGCUCAUUGCAAACGGAUUUGAUCAUCUUGAUUUUAUUGGUGGGAGUAUUAUUGAAGAGCAAGAUUUGAUGGAUAUAGGUAUUGUAGAAGAGAUUCAUCGGAAAAUAAUCCUGGAAGCUACAAGAUGUUUACCCAUCAUGAAACCAAUAGGUCCUGGUCCGGAGUUCACACCCAAGCCUGCGUCCGUCUCUGAUUGGCUGCGGAGUCUACUACUCAGUGAUUACAUAACAAACUUUCUUGAAAAUAACAUCACUACGAUGGAUAGAGCAUUAGAGCUAUGGGAGUUUGAACUAGAAAAUGUCCUUGAAGUACCUAUGCUAGGCCACAGAAAGAGGAUCCUUGCAUCGCUUGGUGACCGACGACGGAGUCGACACAGCAGCACCAUCGACAUCGAGAUCAGCCGACCUCACUCCCUGGAUCUCACCUGCAGCGAAGACUUGGUAAGACCACCCAAACACAAAUUCCCCUCUUCCUGUGAAAACCUUCUGUCGUCUUGUGAGCCAGUCCCGACACUGUCACCUCCACCGCUUCCACCACCACCACUGCCACCACCGCCACCACCCCGUCACACCUCUGCUGUUAAGCCCUCCUCCUCCAACCGAGAGAGUAUCAAAUCCAAAGCUAAAUCCCUCGCGAGAAAGGUCUUAACCAGCCCCACCAGCUCCAGAUCCAGUGAGAAGGGGAUCCGACCUCGGAAGCCGACGGAUCGCGGUAGCUCCAAGUCAAGAGACGUCCCUGUCGUACCAAGGGUGGCUGCUCCGGUAAAGGAGUUACAGAUAGAAUCUUUUGUCGGACCCGAAGAGAGAGAGGAAAUCAAACGUCACACGAGUCAGUCAUCGUCGUUGGAUAUCGAUCUCUUUAAAGACUAUUCCAAGGAGGUAGCAUCUCCGACAAGAAACUCCACUUCCUCGACGAUACCUGAAGAGGGAGCCCUUCACCCCUCCGAGGAGGAGGAAUUCAGAACUCUAAUAGAGACCACGGAACAGUAUGCGCGCCAGAACGGCGAUUGUGCGAGCUUUAAAAGGACUAAUGAGAGAGGGAUGGUUGAAAGUAAAAAGAAAGAGGGAGGGGAGGAAGAGGAGAAGGGGAACGGAGUCCCUCCAGAGAAGAAGCAGGGUGACACCCCCGGAUCACAAUGGAUGCACCCUCCUGAUGCGCUCAUAAAGGGAUGCUGCAAUUAUACAUCAUCUUAUCUAGGGUCAUCUAUCAUCAAGGAGCUUCACGGAACCGAAUCAACGCGAGAAGCGUGCACGCGGCUGAGACGAUCAGCACAGCACCUCCAGAAGAUGCCCGCGAUCACGCUCUCCAUCAACUACGGCGGCGUCAAGUUCAUCGACUCCAAAUCGAAGAUGGUGAUUACGGAACACGAGAUCUGUAACAUCUCCUGCGUCGCCCAAGACUCUCAUGAUCUUAAAACCUUUGCAUACAUCACUAAGGAUAUCCAAUAUGAGAAGCUAUAUUGCCAUGUCUUUACAGUCAAGACUGUGGACUUAGCCACGGAGAUCAUCAUGACGCUAGGUCAGGCAUUUGAAAUUGCUUACAAGAUGCUCUUAAAGACAACAAAGGGGGCAGCAGACAUGACCCAACCGCAGCAGCCAAUCAGAGUCAAGGAGAUUCAGGCGGCAGCAGACGACGGCGAUUCCGACACCCCCAGUUAUGAAGAUACAAAAUUAUAGCGGCAGCCCCCUGGAAGGGGAAUAGACUGUUCUCUUUACUAGCAAUGCUUUCAACAGAGAUAUAAACAAUUUCCUGUAUAUAUAUAUAAUAUAUAAAACCCUAUAUGUGAAUUCUGAACACUAUGGACAACCAAUAUGAAUUUAAACUCUGGUCUAUAAAGUUGUGGUUUAACUAUGGAUCGCCAAUUGUGACACUAAACAGUACCUGGUGGGUGUUUCAUAAAACUGUUUGUAAGAUACGAAUGACUUUACGCACAGCUGGGGGGUGUUUCACAAA